AACACAAAGAAGCAAAGAAACAACUUCAAAAAGCAUAUUUACUUUCUCUUAAUUUUCAAUAUUUGACAUGCAAGAAAAGUUGAGAAUGCAGAGGAAUAGAUCGAUGGUAGCUCGUAGAGCUUGGAAUGUUCUCCGAUUAGCCUUGUUAUGGACGAGAAAAGGUGGCAUUUUCAAGUACAAACAUCUCCGUUUACUUCCUAAAUAUAUUAGAAGUCUCCGUUAUACCAAUGAUCAUGAUCACUCACUAUAUUAUGGUGAGCGUGAGUUUUCGUUUGAUGAUACCCCUAUUAUUCAUGUUAAAAUGCAUCGUCCUGCUUCCUUGCGUUUCAAGAUGCCAAACAUCCCCUGCAUCAAACCUCAAGUCGAUUCUGACUUUGACUUUGACUUUGAGCACGAUGAUGAAAUGAACAAUGAUGAUGAUAAUGGUCCUAGGAAGAGCUUCUUGAAUACUGAGGAUGAGAAUUGUGAUGAAGCUAUUGAUAUGAAGGCAGAAGAGUUUAUUGCAAAGUUCUACGAGCAAAUAAAACUUCAAAGACAAAUAUCAUAUUUACAAUAAUUAAAUACUACAUGCAAACCUUCAAUUUCAUAUUUUCUUUGUUUAAAUUACAUAGCACUAGUUUGUACAUAGAAGAGGUACUCCAUCAAUCCAUUUCACAUUAAUGGUAAAACUAGAGUUUUUGGUA